GGCUCCUCUACAUGAUGGGCCAGCGCUUGUCCAGCAAAAUGGCCAUGCGAUGGUUGAAAAGGAUCUACACGAUGGCGAUGUUCAGUUGUGAUUGGCUCGUUUAACAAAAUGGACGUGGAAGCUUUAGCCGCAGCAGCUAUAUAUUUAUUUAGCGCGUACAAUUAUUAUCUUAAUGUGUACAAAAAAAAAGUUAUUAAAAGGAAAUGGCGUAGAAGAAGAUGGUGGAUGUUAACUAUUCAUCGCAACAGGACUAAGCAAACUAUGGAUAAUCAGCUAGCUGAAAUGCUUGCUGAACCAUCUGGUGAAUUCGAUAACUUCGUGAGGAUGUCAAACAGCGAUUUUGAGUUUUUGAUACAAAAAGUAUCACCUGUAGUUGCAAAACAGGAUACAGAUUGGCGGGAAGCAAUACCUGUAAAAAUUCGUCUCGCAUUGACACUAAGAUACCUAGCUACUGGCGAUAGCUUUCGUAGUUUACACUACCUAUUCAAAAUUUCAAGCCAACUUAUUUCAAGAAUUGUUCCUGAAGUAUGUCUAGCCCUCAAUGAAGCUUUGAAAGAUUUUGUUAAGAUCCCCACAACAACUGAAGAAUGGCUUUCCAAAGCUGAACGAUUCAAGUUCCCUCAUUGCCUUGGUGCUAUGGAUGGCAAACAUGUGACAAUACAGCCACCUCCUCAUAGCGGAACUGAAUAUUACAAUUAUAAACGUACUUUUAGCAUUGUCCUCUUAGCUAUAGUAGAUUAUGAUUACUGUUUCAUGUUUGCUGAAAUAGGCGCUCAAGGGCGUAUAAGUGACGGUGGCGUUUUUAAUCAAAGUAGUAUAUCAAAAAAAAUUUCGGAAAAUAGCAUCAAUUUGCCGCCUCCUAGUUCACUACCAGGAUGUGAUAUUGAUUUACCCUAUGUAUUUUUAUGCGAUGGAGCAUUUAGUUUAACUAAAAAUCUUAUGAAACCUUUUCCUGGCCGUCACCAGUUGAAUUCUCCAGAAAGGGUUUUUAAUCAAAAACUCUCUCAGUCACGUGUAGUUGUUGAAAACACAUUUGGAGUUCUUUCUAACAAAUUUAGAGUUUUUAAAACAGCUAUGCCUUUUCAUCCUGUUAAAUGUUCAAUUAUUACGAUGACUUGUGUUCUAUUACAUAACUUUUUACGGAAAAGCCGAACAUCUCGCCCCUUAUACGCACCUCCAGGUACAUUUGAUACCUAUAAUGACAGUGGAGAAUUGAUACGCGCUGGUAAUUGGAGGAAUUGUAGUAAUACAAGUUUUCUUCCCUUACAAAAUCAACCCCGUAGAUCAACUAAUGAUGCAAUUCAAAUAAGACAAGCUUUUAUGCACUAUUUUUAUAAUAAUAUAGAAUAAUAAACUAAAUAUGAAAUUAAAUAAUAAGUUUCAUUUACUUACUC